AUGACUGUUCCCGUAUCCUUUCCGGAUGAGUAUGGAGCUCCGCAUUCCGCUAGUGCCUUUGGUAGCCACGGAACGGGCACGCAUCAUGAUAGACAUAUCCCUGUCGGAGAGGAUCUUCACAAGAAGGAGGCCUUCUUUGGAGCAAUGCAGAAGAUGAAGACGAAAUCUCACCAGAUGAAACAGGCACACGACAAGAAGUACGGCUUCCCCGCAUGCUUUGCUGGAGACAACACGGUCACUGAGAAAAACAAAGGUCUCAUCAAAAUAUCUCAACUGGAUAUAGGCGACGAGGUCCUGUCGGUGGUAGAUAACUCUCUGGUAUACAGUGAGAUCAUCUCGUGGCUUCAUCGGGAGCCGGAGUUUGAAUGGCAGUCCGAUACGUGUGUCGAGAUUGAGGCCCUGGACAGUAGUGAGGAGGAGUGCAGGACGUUGCGCCUGUCGGGCGAUCAUCUCGUUUUCCUCCGAGACAAGGGCGGUACUGCGGCUAAGAACAUCCGUUCGGGUGAUGUUGUUAGGAAGACAUUCGGCAACCCAGUGCUCCCUACCACCCAUUGGGUGCAAGUGACACUGAUUCGAUCGCUGCCGGACCUGGACAGUGACACGGUGAUGCUGCAGAAUGCGGCCACGGAGGGCUUUCUCAGUGCCAAUGCUGAGGACCUUAUACAUGGCAGGAAAGGAGGUGCAUAUGCAGUUACCACUGGGUGCAAUGCCACUCCUUGCAUCCGCAACGUUUUCGCGGUUGAAGUCGUGAAUUCUGAAGAUCCUGAUGCUCCUGUUUGCUAUGGUGAGGAGGUGAGAUUAGUGCUUUCCGGCUUCGUCCCGGACAGGGACUGUUAUCUCUACAGUGAGAUGGUCUCUGCUUUGGCUGCCUCUAAGUCCAGCCGUAAACAGGAAGUAGGAGCUCUAGAUGAACCGGCAGGCAACACGAGAUGGCAGUUCCUCCAUCCUGACGGCAAGAUGCGUUUCGAGACCGAUGGAGUGCCGAUCAAGUCUGACCAGCCUGUUGUGAUCAAGCACGCUUCCUCGGGGAGUUUCCUGGCCUCCGAUAAGAUCAAACAGAUGAAUGUCUUUGGUGCAGAGAAUGAAGUGCAUGCGCACUGCUACUACUCCACUAACAAGACACACAAUAUGAUCUCAGAGAAAAAAGGUGAAAUUACUGGGGACUACGCUCUGCGACGACAUGGGCCUCAGAAUGUGUGGCAGUUCGUCGUCCCUCCUGACCAACAGCAUGAAAGGCCGAGUUGCUAG